UUCUCAAAAUUUCUAAACUUUCUUUAUUGCAGGAGUCCAAGUUUAAAGAAACUGGAGUAAUUACACCUGAAGAAUUUGUUGCGGCUGGAGAUCACUUAGUUCACCACUGUCCUACUUGGCAAUGGGCUUCAGGAGAAGAACUAAAAGUCAAGGCUUAUCUGCCAACAGACAAACAGUUUUUGGUAACUAAAAAUGUGCCAUGCUACAAAAGAUGUAAGCAGAUGGAGUACUCAGAUGAGCAGGAAGCAAUUAUAGAAGAAGAUGAUGGUGAUGGGGGAUGGGUAGACACUUUUCACAAUGCAGGUAUAGUGGGUGCAACAGAAGCAGUUAAGGAGAUCACACUAGACAGUAAGGAUAAUAUAAAAAUACCGGAAUGUUCAGCAUCUUGUGAAGAUGAUGAUGAGGAAGAUGAAGGAGAAGCUGCAGAUAUGGAAGAGUAUGAAGAAAGUGGCCUAUUGGAGACAGAUGAUGCAACGCUUGACACAAGACAGAUUGUAGAAGCUAACAAAGCUAAAGUUGAUGUUGGAGGGGAAGAUGCUAUUCUACAGACUAGAACUUAUGACCUCUACAUCACUUAUGACAAAUAUUACCAAACUCCAAGGCUCUGGUUAUUUGGAUAUGAUGAGCAACGGCAGCCUUUAACAGUAGAGCAUAUGUAUGAAGAUAUUAGUCAAGAUCAUGUCAAGAAAACAGUGACCAUUGAAAACCAUCCUCAUCUUCCUCCACCUCCCAUGUGCUCAGUUCAUCCAUGCAGGCAUGCAGAAGUUAUGAAGAAAAUAAUUGAGACUGUUGCAGAAGGUGGGGGAGAACUUGGAGUUCACAUGUACCUUCUUAUUUUCUUGAAAUUUGUACAGGCGGUCAUUCCAACGAUAGAAUAUGACUACACGAGGCACUUUACGAUGUAACUAAAAUAAGUGAUGUCCUCUGCUAAUUAUCAAAUUUUUUUAAAUAACCCAUCCAUGUGACUUAUACAACAUUAUACACAAUUUCUGUAACUAACCUUUUACCAAGUUGAUGCAUUAAAAUAAAAUGUUCCAUUACCA